GAUGCCGAGGAAGAAAGGGAGCAAGGGCAAAGGGAAAGGAAAAGGUCAGAAAGAAGGCAAGCAGGAGUCUAAAGCCGACAGGGAGUCUGAGAUCGAAAAGAUCAAAGCAAACGCUGCUUUAUGGGAGGCGAAGUUUAACAUCACGGAAAUUUCGCGAGAAGAGUACCGCGAAGCGACUCGCGCGCUCGCCAAGGCCAACGAGGAGCUCACAAACCAACAGUAUAGAGCCGAGAAAGACACGGUCGAUAUUAUUGCUUUCCUGAAGAGAACAAAUCGUGAGAAAACAGCAACGAUUGCUGCAUUACUAGAGCAACUGAAAGUUGAGAAGGCAAAAGCUUCACAAGAGAAAGAUCAUUUGGUGGCUGAUUAUAUGCAAAAGAUUGAUGCUAUAGAUGAGAAGUUUAAGCAGAGGUCAGGUGACUUCCAGAGGAUUCAAGGCGAGCUCAAAACCAUCAAUCAUUUUCGGAAAAUAAAGGCCAAUCUGGAAGAAGAACUUAUCAACAUGAGAGAAAGAUUGUAUAUUGCUGACCGUGAACACAGAGAGAGUCUAGCGAGAACAGAGUACAAGUUCUAUACUGCAAGGGUUCACCUUGAAAAAGAUGCCGAGCAGAAAAUCACUCAGCUUGCUGAGCGGGCACAUCAAGAGGCCAUUGUGCAGUUGGGUGAAGCGUCACAUACUGUGCUCAAGGAGAAUGUCCGACUGAAUGAGGCCCUGAGUUAUCAUGUGAAAGAGGCUGAAGAACUAAGGAGGACAAAUGCAGCCUUAACAGAGAAAAAUGUAUCCCUUUCUCUCCAGAAGGAGACAAGUGAACUGAUGAGUAAGGAAGGCGACUCCCAACUGAGAGCCCAACAAAAUGAGAUCUCAGAGCUAAAGGCUAAAUUGGUGACACUUGAGCAAGCGCUGGGCAUCAUGGCUGGGGAGUUUGAACAGGAGAAAGAAUUGGUGGAACAGCGUGCUAUUGUCAGCAUGCAGUUCAACAGCACAGACCUUGAGAGGCUGGAAAUGCUUCUAGCUGCCCGCGAGAAGGAGCUGGGCCAAGUGAAACGGCUAGCACAAAGCAUCAUUGAGCAGCGCAAAGAGCUUGAGCUGUUCUUUCAUGAAGCUCUUGACCAUGUGAGGAAGGAAAUAAGAACACAGCAACAACAUUACAAACAGGAGGCGCUCAAGGCAUAUCGCUGGAGAAUGAAUAAGGCUCGGUCUGGAAGGUUGGAAUAUCCUCGCAUACAAACCUUUACUAAUGCCCCACAAAGCACCUAUGAUGUUCAUACUGACCUAGAAGAGGCAGACAAAUGGAGUAACUUGAAGAGCUCCAGUGUGGACAUUUCUGAUCUGACCUGGGAACAGAAAGAGAGACUGCUCAAGCUGCUCUUUGCUAAAUUGAAUGGCCAAAGAAUAUUGAAACCAGCUCAGCCCCCAGUUCUACCUGCCAGUUCCUCUGAGAAGAUCCAGAUCAGCAGUGAUGCAGGGAUUAUUGAGAAACACAGUCUGACCUUUAUAACCGAGAUGCCAAUGGCCAAUAUGACAUCUGACUCCUGUGAUCUACCAGCCCUCAAGAGCACCUGACUGUAUAACCCUUCAUGCAGUAUAAUAUUCAAAUAUUUAAUUUAAAAUGUAUAAUCCUAUAAAAAGUGCAAUAUAUUUUCGGCUUAUUAAAAAAAAACAUUAAGAUAAAGAUAUUAUUAAAAUAGCAUUAUUGUACUGAUAGCUGAGCUCGGAAUACUUUCUAUGUU